CCCGUUUUUUUAUAGUGUUUAUAUAUUAUAUCAUAUACAUUAUCGGUCUGGAACAAGGCAAAUGAACUGGUCGCUUAGGACAUCAAUUCUAGUUGUAUGUAAAAUAUUAUGGAAAAAAUUAUAUAAGAAUACAAACUUUAUUUGAGUGUAAAACAUUAUGAAGAUAGAAAAAAUGUCAGCUGUGACAUAUAUCACAUGUUACAUACGUUUUGUUUGAACUUCACAAAGCCAUUUUUACCUUCUUUGCCAAUAUUAACAUGUCUCAAAUAUAGACUCCUUCUUUAUCGGUGUUCCAUCAACCAAUCUCUCAAGAAUCUUCCUUCUCCCUCUCUCCUUUGCUCUCCCUCUUGCCAAACUUAAAAAGUUUCUAUCUAUUCCCAACUGAAUCAAAACAAACUGAUUCGGUUGUCAAUUUGAAUAAUCACACAGAAAAACCAUUAACAAAAUCACCAUUUUGGCAAAACUCUUAUUACAGUUGCUCAAGAAUUUGCAAUUGCAUGUUGAACAAAAUCUUUGUUAUAUAUUGUUUAGGUGUUGAUUCUAAUAGAGAUGUUAUCUUUUCGAAUCCCAUCUAUCCGAACCCAACCUACGGCGUUUGCAGCUAAAAUAACAGACACCACAAAGACCGUGGCACAACUCAAAUCAGCUGCAACCCCCACGCCUCAUAGCACAGUCACGUGCGGUUAUCAAGCUCACGUGGCGGGUUUCUUUCGAAACAUAACUGUUUUAUGGUCCAAGAAUCUCAUGAACCAUUCCCUUACCGUCAUGGUCUCGAGUUUAGACAAUGACAUGAACUAUUGCUGCAAGAUUGAUCUCGUGAAGCCAUGGCAGUUCUGGAGCAAGAGAGGAUCAAAGUCAUUCGACGUAGAAGGAAACUUUGUGGAAGUCUUCUGGGAUCUAAGGGCGGCGAAGUUGUCAGGAAACGGUAGCCCCGAGCCGAUGUCAGAUUAUUACGUGGCAAUAGUUUCUGAUGAAGAGGUUGUUUUGUUAUUGGGAGAUUUAAAGCACAAGGCUUACAAGCGGACUAAGUCAAGACCCGCGUUGGUCGAAGGGUAUAUAUAUUUCAAGAAAGAGAGCAUAUUUGGGAAGAAAACUUUUUCAACUCGAGCAAGAUUCGACGAGCAGAGAAAAGAACAUGAAGUGGUGGUGGAGAGCUCACACGGUGGAGAUGAUCCAGAGAUGUGGAUAAGCGUGGACGGGAUCGUGAUAAUGCACGUGAAGAAUCUGCAGUGGAAGUUUAGGGGGAACCAGAUGGUGUUGGUGGACAAAACUCAUGUGAUGGUGUACUACGAUGUGCAUGAUUGGUUGUUUGGAAGUUCAGAGUCGACGGCAAGUUCAGGGUUGUUUGUGUUUAAGCCUGUGGCGGUUGGAGGGAUGGUAGAUGAGUAUUUUAGCGAUGCGGAGGAAGGAGACAGCGGAGGAGGGAGUAGUCCUUUGAGUCGAUACAACUCGGCAUCAAGUGGUUAUGGGACAUUAAAUGACUUUUGUUUGUUUCUGUAUGCUUGGAAAGUUGUGUGAGAAAUAUUUAUACCAUAGCAAAUUUGAUAGUGCUUUUUUAAUUUACUUAUCUUAUGUUAAGUUAUUUGAUAACCUAUAUAGAUUUGGGGUCGAGACCAGACUAGUUUUCAAGAUUUGUCAUUUAAGAGGUCUUGAAUAGCUAAGAGGAAUUACAACAAUGUUGAAAGAUAGUGAACCUUGAUUUCUAACUACCAAAACAAUUUUCUAACCAAUGGGAAGAAAAACCAAUGCAUGGGCCUCAUGUUCUUGGUUAGGUUAGAGUAGAAAGAAAGAUUAUGAUUUUUCAGCUUAGAGAUUAUAGAGCUGCUGAUCUGCAUUAAUUAACAUGAUGUAAGUUGAACCAUCAAUACUUGGUUUCCAAAAUUUUAAGAGUUAUUAUAUAUGUAGCAUGACUUUCAAAUUGUCCAUUUUUUUAAAUUAAAAUAUUUAUAACCUUUUGAAUUUUAGUUCUGCCCAUGAGUUGGAACACAAAUCUUUCAAUCUUUGCCAAUCAAAACAAAUAUAAUCAUUUGUGCGACCG